AUGGUUCGACACAACAAUCAGUUGCCGAACAAUCUUACGCAACUACAAAACUUGAUAAAACGAGAUCCUGAUUCUUAUAAAGAUGAGUUUCGCCAACAACUUGCACAUUUUGAAACCACUUUGGAAAUUUUCAAAUUAAACCCAACUCAAUAUAAUAAAAAAUUGGACGAGCAAGCAAUGUUUUUGGCACAAGUCACGCAAUGUUAUCAAAACGAUAUGAAAACAUUUCCUCAGAAGAUUGUUGAUAUUUUGAAAACUCACAAUACUACACUGCAUAACGAAAUGAGACUAUCAUUAUGUAAAUGUUUAAUAUUACUUAGAAAUAAAAACUUUAUAACUGCUUUUGAUUUGCUGGAAUUAUUCUUCUCGUUGAUAAAAUGUCAAGACAAAAAUCUAAGAGAAUAUCUGAAGACACACAUAAUAACAGAUAUCAAAAAUAUGAACAUGAAGCAUAAAGAUAUGAAAUUAAAUUCAACACUACAAAAUUUCAUUUAUUCAAUGUUGAAAGACACAAAUGUGAAAACAGCUAAAUUAGCCAUUGAUAUUUUGAUUGAAAUGUACCAUAAGAACAUAUGGAAUGAUCACAAGACUGUGAACAUUAUUGCUGAUGUUGGAUGCUUCUCAAAAGUUACCAAAGUGAUGGUAGCAUCUUUAAAAUUUUUCUUAAGUCGAGAUGAAGAGGAAAAGCCUGAUUCAGAUAGUGAUGAUGAAGUUGACCCUCGAGAUACAAUGAUUUCUAAUAAAUUUAAUAAAAAAACUAGAAAAAGAGAGAAAAUGGUAGAAAAAGUUAAAAAAAUUGCUAAAAAAAAUAAAAAGAAGAAAGAAAAGGCACCUAUAUUUAAUUUUUCUGCCCUUCAUCUUAUUAAUAACCCACAAGGGUUUGCUGAAAAGUUAUUUAAACAACUAGAAUCUUCAAAUGAGAGAUUUGAAGUCAAAUUAAUGACUUUAGAUGUCAUUUCUAGAUUAAUAGGUCUUCACAGUCUCUUUUUAUUUAAUUUCUAUCCAUUUCUUGCAAGAUUAGUGAUGCCCCACCAAAGAGAAGUGACUCGUAUUUUACAAUUUGCAGCUCAAUCAGCACAUGAGCUAGUGCCACCUGAAGUAUUGGAACCAGUUAUGAAAGCCAUUGCAAACAACUUCAUUACUGAAAGAAAUUCAACUGAUGUUAUGGCAGUGGGAUUAAACGCUAUAAGGGAAAUUUGUUCACGUUGUCCUCUGGCUAUUGGAGAAGACCUUUUAAGAGAUUUAGUUCAAUAUAAAUCAUACAAAGAAAAAUCUGUAAUGAUGGCUGCCAGAUCCUUGAUCCAAUUGUAUAGACAAACUAUGCCAACUUUACUGCACAAGAAAGAUAGAGGCCGGCCCUCUGAGGCAUCAGUAGAAUUGAAAACAAAAAAAUAUGGGGAAGUAGAAAUAAAAGACUAUAUACCAGGUUCAGAAGUAUUAUUAGAAAAAGAGGAGAUAAAAGACAAGAAAAAAGGUAACAAAAAGCCCAAGGCUAAAAAUGACGAUUCUGAAGAUGAGUGGAUUGAUGUUGGAUCAUCAGACUCAGAAUUAGAUAUAACUACUGAUAGUGAAAAUGAACAGUCAGAUGAUGAAGAGGAAAUAGAAGAAGUUGAAGAACAAGAAGAUAAAGAAGAAAAUACUGUAGAUGAGCAUGAAGAAACAAAAGAAAAACAGGUUACUGAAAGUACAAGUAAUUCAGCAAAGUCCAGGAAAAUACUAAAAGCAAAACCAAUUUCAAAGCAAAAUAUAGAAGAAAAAAUUAAAGUAGCUCGUGAUAUAGCAAUGGACAAAAUAUUUACUGAUGAGGAUUUUAAAAGAAUUGAAGCAGCUCAAAUAAAAAAGUCUGUGAGUGGUGUAAAAAGAAAUAAAAGUGUAGUAGAAGAAGAAGAAAAUGAGUCAGAAUUAGUACAGUUAUCAGCUAUUGAGAAUAUACACAAGAAAAGGAAACAUGAUUAUAAUGCUAGACUUGAAACAGUUUUAAAAGGGCGGGAAGAAAGAGACAAAUUUGGUUAUAAAGAUCGAAGAAAAAAUGCAAACUGCUCUAAGACUAAUAGGGAAAAAAAGAAGACUAAAUCAUACCAAAUGGUAAAACAUAAAGCAAGAGGUAAAGUUAAGCGAUCAUUUAAAGAAAAACAAAUCGCAUUCAGGAAUUAUUUAAUAAAACAAAAGAAAAUGCGU